UUUGUUUGAACUUUGAAGUUGUCUGUUUUGAGGUCUGUACUCGGUCCCAGUCUCUGUUUUGAAUUGUUAAGAGGACAGAGAAAGCGAGGUAGAGACAAGAGAGUGUCUGAUAUUAUUACUAUAAUAGUAACAAUUAGGAAAUGGGUUUGUUCUAAUCUUUUUGAAAAAUUAGGGACUUGGUCAUAACUCUCACGUUUUAUAGCUAUGAAAGCUAAGACAUAGUUGUGAAGCACAUAUAGACAGAUAUUUAUGUGAAUAUUAUAAGUGUAUCCAAUUUGAAUGUUUCUUUCACAGUUCACACAUGACCUUAGAAGCCGUUUCGCUUCAUUUGUUUUAUUAUACUCGUUGAUGUGAAGAGGAGUAUUGACAAUUGGAGACAUAUUUAUUUAUAAUAUAUAUAACGCAUAUAUAGACAUAUUUGUGGAGAACUGUCUCUGGAUAUAUACAUCUGACACUUUCUUGGUUUUUGGUACUAUUUGGGGUCUCUGGAUAGAUGGGUUUUGGAUAUGCUGUUUGAUGCUCUCCAUUACUGUUGUGCUUUUUAUCUCAAAUUAUAGGUUCUUCUGAUACACAAUGUCUAGGAGAAAUUUCAAUAUGAUGGCUUCAACUUCUUUCAAUGGAUCGGAUACACAGCAGGACAGUGCUUCAGUUCCUCCAACAGUGACCUUUGCAAGGAGGACUUCAUCGGGCCGGUACGUAAAUUAUUCCCGAGAUGAUCUGGAUAGUGAAAUUGGCAGUGGUGAGUUUGUGAACUACACAGUUCACAUACCUCCAACACCUGACAACCAACCAAUGGAUGCUUCUAUCUCACAGAGGGUUGAAGAGCAAUAUGUGUCGAAUUCGCUGUUUACUGGUGGGUUUAACAGUGUCACUCGUGCCCAUUUGAUGGAUAAGGUGAUUGAGUCCGAAAUCAGCCAUCCCCAAAUGGCAGGCGCGAAAGGGUCUUCUUGUUUAAUACCGGGUUGUGAUGGGAAGGUCAUGUGCAAUGAGAGGGGUGAAGAUAUUCUCCCGUGUGAGUGUGACUUCAAGAUUUGCAGGGAUUGUUAUGUUGAUGCUGUGAGAACUGGUGAUGGGAUUUGCCCCGGUUGUAAAGAGCCUUAUAAGGCUACAGAUUUGGAUGAGAAUGCGGUGGAAAAUGGACGGCCUCUACCUUUGCCAUCGAAUGUUGGGAUGUCGAAGAUGGAAAGGAGGUUGUCAUUGAUGAAAUCGACGAAGCCAUCGUUGAUGAAGAGCCAGACAGGAGACUUUGAUCAGAACCGGUGGUUGUUUGAGACAAAGGGGACUUAUGGUUAUGGGAAUGCUAUAUGGCCAAAGGACGGGGGAUUUGGGAAUGAAGAAAAUGAUGGGACUAGUGAGCCUUCAGAACUUCUCAAUAAGCCAUGGCGGCCCCUCACUCGCAAGCUGAAAAUACCUGCGGCAAUUAUCAGCCCAUAUCGGCUCCUAAUCUUUGUUCGGAUAGUUGUUCUGGGAUUAUUUCUUGUAUGGAGGGUCAGCCACCCUAAUAAUGACGCUAUAUGGCUAUGGUUUAUGUCUAUAGUCUGUGAGAUUUGGUUUGCCUUCUCUUGGCUACUCGAUCAGCUUCCCAAGCUCAACCCUAUCAAUCGUGCUACCGAUCUUAAUGUUUUGAAAGAGAAGUUUGAAACGAGAGGUCCCCACAACCCCACUGGGAAGUCAGAUCUUCCAGGUGUAGAUAUCUUUGUUUCUACUGCAGAUCCUGAGAAAGAGCCACCUCUUGUCACUGCAAACACCAUUCUUUCAAUUCUUGCUGCUGAUUAUCCUGUUGAAAAGCUUUCUUGUUAUGUUUCUGAUGAUGGAGGCGCCCUUCUAACAUUUGAGGCCAUGGCGGAAGCUGCAAGUUUUGCAAACUUGUGGGUUCCAUUUUGCAGAAAGCAUGAUAUUGAGCCUAGGAACCCAGAAUCUUAUUUCAACUUGAAGAGAGAUCCUUAUAAGAAUAAAGUUCGUCAAGAUUUUGUAAAGGAUCGGAGACGGGUAAAACGUGAGUAUGAUGAGUUCAAGGUCCGGAUAAAUGGCCUUCCUGAUUCGAUUCGGCGUCGUUCAGAUGCAUAUAAUGCCCGGGAGGAAAUCAAGGCUAUGAAGCUGCAGAAAGAGAAUGGCAUGAAUGAACCAUUGGAAAGCCGGAAGAUCCCCAAAGCUACAUGGAUGGCAGAUGGGACACAUUGGCCUGGCACUUGGACAGUUACUGCUCCUGAACACACUAGGGGUGAUCAUGCUGGAAUCAUACAGGUGAUGUUGAAGCCACCUAGUGAUGAACCGCUUCAUGGCACAGCUGAUGAUUCUAAUCCUAUAGAUCUAACAGAAGUUGACAUGCGGCUUCCUUUGCUCGUUUAUGUUUCUCGUGAAAAGCGCCCUGGAUAUGAUCACAACAAGAAAGCUGGGGCUAUGAAUGCCUUGGUUCGAGCCUCAGCCAUCAUGUCUAAUGGCCCUUUUAUUCUCAACCUUGAUUGUGACCACUACAUUUACAAUUCCGAGGCAUUAAGAGAAGGGAUGUGUUUUAUGAUGGACCGUGGCGGAGACCGCAUUUGUUAUGUCCAGUUUCCUCAGAGAUUUGAAGGAAUUGACCCAUCUGAUCGCUAUGCCAAUCACAACACAGUUUUCUUUGAUGUUAACAUGCGUGCCCUUGAUGGCCUUCAGGGUCCAGUUUAUGUUGGUACUGGUUGCCUCUUUCGCAGGAUUGCCCUUUAUGGUUUUGACCCUCCUCGAUCAAAAGAAUACCAUCCAGGUUGCUGCAGUUGUUGCUUUGGUCGUCGCAAAAAACGUGCAACUGUUGCUUCUGGCCCUGAAGAGAGCAGAUCACUUAGAAUGGGUGAUUCUGAUGACGAGGAAAUGAACAUGUCUCUCUUCCCUAAAAAGUUUGGAAACUCAUCUUUUCUUGUUGAUUCGAUUCCGGUGGCAGAAUUUCAAGGCCGACCACUAGCUGAUCACCCUGCUGUAAAGAAUGGACGGCCUCCUGGUGCUCUUGUCAUUCCCAGGGAGCUUCUUGAUGCAUCUACAGUUGCUGAAGCAAUUAGUGUCAUCUCAUGCUGGUAUGAAGAUAAAACUGAAUGGGGCGGUCGGGUUGGAUGGAUUUAUGGUUCUGUUACUGAAGAUGUGGUGACAGGGUAUAGGAUGCACAAUCGUGGAUGGAGGUCUGUUUAUUGUGUCACAAAGAGGGAUGCUUUCCGUGGGACGGCGCCAAUCAAUCUGACUGAUCGGCUCCACCAGGUCCUCCGGUGGGCCACUGGUUCUGUUGAGAUAUUCUUCUCUCGGAACAAUGCCCUUUUGGCUAGUCCUAAGAUGAAGAUAUUGCAGAGGAUUGCUUACCUCAAUGUUGGUAUCUACCCCUUCACUUCCUUUUUUCUCAUUGUUUACUGCUUCCUUCCAGCACUUUCCCUCUUCUCGGGUCAGUUCAUUGUCCAGACCCUUAACGUAACCUUCCUCAUAUACCUCCUCGGUAUCACCUUGACUCUUUGCAUGCUAGCUGUGCUUGAGAUCAAGUGGUCUGGCGUAUCUCUAGAAGAAUGGUGGCGAAAUGAGCAAUUUUGGCUAAUUGGUGGCACGAGUGCCCAUCUUGCUGCUGUGCUCCAGGGUCUACUAAAAGUGGUUGCUGGUAUUGAAAUAUCAUUUACUUUGACCUCAAAAUCUGCUGGUGACGACAUUGAUGAUGAAUUUGCUGAUCUCUAUAUACUCAAAUGGACAUCCCUCAUGAUACCGCCAAUCACAAUCAUGAUGACUAACUUGAUUGCAAUAGCCGUUGGGGUUAGCCGUACAAUAUAUAGCACCAUACCACAGUGGAGCAAAUUGUUAGGAGGGGUGUUCUUCAGCUUUUGGGUCUUGGCUCAUCUCUACCCUUUCGCGAAAGGGCUUAUGGGAAGGCGUGGGAGGACACCCACAAUUGUGUUCGUUUGGUCAGGACUUAUUGCAAUCACCAUUUCCCUCCUGUGGGUUGCAAUCGACCCGCCAUCAGGUACUAACCAAAUUGGAGGAUCAUUCCAGUUCCCAUGAUUUUUUUUUCAGUCUCUAGUCAGGUAAUCUCAUUCUUGAUUCCCCAUACAUAUUGAAGUUUAAUUGGGUUUCGAGUUUUAGCUGUCUUUCACCAGCAAUUUGUAACAUAAGUGGGCUAGACCUCGAGUGGGAUAUUCAAUUCAUUCUUGUUGUUGAUCCACAAUUUUUUGUUUAUAGUGUUUAGAUCAAAAUGAGUUGCAUAUAUUCUUUGUAAUUUAGAGACAUUGCAGUAAAAUUCAUUCAUUUCAUUUCAU